CCGACAUGGGAAGCAUCGUUUCAAUUACAGGUGAUGGAAAUGAUGAGUAUAUCAAACCAGCGAGGAUCGGGAAAGCAAGGAAAGCUUCCAUUUCUCUUAAGUCUGUGUGGAGGUCAACAGAACUCAGCAUAAAAAUAAGAUCCGGAUUUUCAACUCCAAUGGGAAGUCAGUGCUACUAUACGGAUCGGAGGCAUGGUGCGUCACGAAAGGGCACUUUGAACAAACUACACAACUUCAUCAAUAGCUGUCUUCGCUCAAUACUACUCAAGAUCAGAUGGCCGGCCAGAAAAGAUCAGAAACAGAGAUCCACAGGUGGGAAGAGGUGGAGCCAGGUGAAAACGUUAGCAGAGAACCGAACACAAUGGAGACGUGAGACUGAAGCCCUAUAUUCCUCUAGGACCAAAGAAAACAACAAUAAUAAUAAUGAUGUCUCCAGUAUGUUAUGUUUAUUAAGCUGCACUGAUACACUUGUUCAGGGUUAUACUUCCUUUGACUACUUAAUUUAACAACGCAACUCAUAGAGGACAAUCAAUCAUUCGGCCAAUAACAUGUGAAUAUACAACUAAAGGGUGAAUAAUAUGUACAGACUAAUUAGUAAUAAGCUACAGACAUUUUUUGAAACGGGAAGUUCGCGGACUGAUAUAUCUAACGUCAGAAUAUCUUAACUGCAGGGGGAAUCUGAGACUGGCUUCACAGAGUGUCAAAAUAAAACAUAGAGGAUGAUAAUUAAAGUGAAAAGAUAAUUCAUUACAAUCUAUUAUCA